CCCAGGGCGAGGUGAGCAUCUUUCCCCUGGAUCGGCUACCCUGCGAAGUGCUGCUUCACGUUAUCACUUUCCUCACUAAGAACGAUCGCUUGAGGCUGGCCAGUGUCUGCAGGACGUGGAGGGACCUCAUUUACUCCAGUCCGCGGCUGUGGCGCAGCAAGCUGCUCCGCCUGGGUUGCAGCGGACAGACUGUUAACAGUAAACGGGCGUAUUUUUACGCCCAGAGGUUCGGGCACCAUCUACGAAAAGUGGCCAUCGUUUGUGACCAUCCUCAAAACCACGCAUGUAAAUUGAUGGCAAUUUGCUUUCGGAAACUGCUCAUCAGUCUACCAAACCCGACUCUCACCUCCUUCAGGGUCGCCGACCUCCGCUUGGGUAAUGCUAGUCCAUCGGUAGUGUCCAGCAUUCGGCUAAUUCUGUCUCGAAUGCUCGGGAAGCUAAGCCAACUGAAGACGUUCCAAAUGUCAUGUGCAGAAUGGAGGCCUGAAGAGGGGUAUCACGUGUUGAACACGGUGUUCCAGACGUGCAGGGAGUCGCUGCAGAAUCUCUACAUCGACGGCUACUACACCAUGCCCUGGUACAGCCAGAGACCCUACGAGAUGGACCAGUUCACGGCAGGUCUCACGUCGCUGACCCACCUGGUCACGCUGAGCGUCGACUAUUUUUGCCUGACCAACGACUGCGUGGUGGCCCUGGCCCACGCCCGACGGGCACAAAUGAAGAAACUCAAGCUGGUGGCCAGCGACAUUAACCCGGGCUCGCCUGCCAUUGCCACAACCUCGUGGGACGCAUUGGUAGGUUCUUAAUAAUAGAUUAGAGGCUUAAGUCACAGAGCUAGAAGGUGGUUGAUGAAACCAGUUAAUCACAGUGUGGACGCCUCCCACAAUCGUCAUGAUGUUCGUUACAUAGGUCACAAGAAUAAAAAGAUAAAUUGUCUAAUGUUCAGUUAAGAAAAUAAGAAAACGUUGACUGCAGUGUCUUAAUGUUACAUGAACUUCUAAUACAGCCUACAAGAUGUUAUUAGGGUUUGGGUUUGGAAAGGGGGGGGGAGAGCGGGGGGGGGGGGCUGGGGGUUGCAUGAGUGUUGCAGUGCAGGCCUGCACAACUCAAAAUGUAAGGUGGACCGCAAUACUUUAUGAAAAUUUUGUGCCGGGCCGUAGUACUUUAUGAGAAACUUGUGGGGGCCGAAAGACCGUAGAAAAGCGGCGAAAGCUAUAAGAAAGGCAUAAUAUCAGGUCCAAGUGUUUGUAUACAAGCCAUGUCUCUGGUAUCAGGUCCAGUGUUUGAAUACAAGCCAUGCCCUAGUACCAGGCCUAAGUGUUUGUAUACAAGCCAUGUCUCUGGUAUCAGGUCCAGUGUUUGAAUACAAGCCAUGCCCUAGUACCAGGCCUAAGUGUUUGUAUACAAGCCAUGCCUCUGGUAUCAGGUCCAGUGUUUGAAUACAAGCCAUGCCCUAGUACCAGGCCUAAGUGUUUGUAUACAAGCCAUGCCUCUGGUAUCAGGUCCAAUGUUUGUAUACAAGCCAUGCCUCUGGUAUCAGGCCCAAGUGUUUGUACACAAGCCAUGCCUAUGGUAUCAGCUCCAAGUGUUUGUAUACAAGCCAUGCCCUACUAUCAGGUCCAAGUGUUUGAAUACAAGCCAUGUCCUACUAUCAGGUCCAAGUGUUUGAAUACAAGCCAGGCCUAAGUGUUUGUACACAAGCCAUGCCUCUGGUUUCAGGUCCAAUUUCGUUUGUAUGGAAGCGUCGCUCCAGCAGCAGUCUGAUCGACAGUUGUCGACAAAAUCUUGUUUCAAUAUUUCAUCCUUUAAGCACCGACAUCAAAUAGUGAUGAUCACUCUCAGGCACGAGCUUAGAACACGUUUGGACUCACGCUCUUGUGGUACUGGGGUCAUGCUAGGGGGUUCCUGGAUUACAAGAACGACGACAGGGGUCGUUAAAUAAUUUGGUUACAAGGAUCAUGGUAGGGGGGUCUCUUUGUUAUAGGGACGACGAUAUAGGAUGUUAAACGGGCGUCCGAGGUCAUGGUACACGGUCUUUGGGUUACAGGGACGACGAUUGGAGUCAUCCACUAUGAUGACGUCAUGGGCGAUGUGAAGGGUAUCUCAUGGUUAUUGGCUGACGAUGCCAAUCAAAUCUUACGGUUACAGAAAUGGCACGGCAUUAUUUGAACAUGGCUUGGUAGUAUUUUGUUUCGUGGCUACAGGAGUCAUGCUACAGGAGUCAGGUUACAGGAGUCAUGUUACAGGAGUCAUGUUACAGGAGUCAUGUUGCAGGAAUCAUGUUACAGGAGUCAUGUUACGGGAGUCAUUUUACGGGAGUCAUAAUACGGGAGUCAUAAUACGAGAGUCAUUUUACGGGGGUUCGUGUUACGGGGGUCAUGUUACAGGAGUCAUGUUGCAGGGGUCUUGUAACGAGAGUCAUUUUACAGGAGUGAUGUUACGGAAGUAAUGUUACAGGGGUCAUGUUACGGGAGUCAUGUUACGGGGGUUCAUGUUAUGGGGUCAUGUUACGGGACUCAUGUUACAGGAGCCAUGUUAGUGGAGUCUUGUAACGAGAGUCAUUUUACGUGAGUGAUGUUACGUGACUCAUGUUACAGGAGUCAAGUUAGAGGAGUCAUGUUACGAGUGUCAUGUUAAAGGAGUUAUGUUACGGAAUGCAUGUUACAGGAGAGAGGUGAUAUUGUCUACUAUUUGUUGGAACUUAACGGCUGGUUUGCUCUAUCGUUGCGGCGUUUUUGUGGCAGUUGAAUGGCUGGUGUGAUGGGAGAGUUGUGGUGGAAUCUAUAGGCCUAGGCUGUUGAGAGAGAAUAUGGAUUUUAGAGUAGUUUUGAUAGUCUAGUGGUUGGUGUAAUGACUUAUUUAAGACUAUUUGUGGAAGUCUAGUAUUACUAGUGUUAAACUAUUGACAGAUCAGUGACAUUCUGGAGUCAAACUGCUAGUGACUAGCUAAAGUGGCUAUCUAAAGUGGCUACUUAAAGUGGUUACUUAAAGUGGCUAUCUAAAGUGGCUACUUAAAGUGGCUAUCUAAGGUGGCUACUUAAAGUGUUUAAUUAAAGUGGCUAUCUAAAGUGGCUACUUAAAAGUGGCUAUCUAAAGUGGCCACCUAAAGUGGCUGCCACAUGAUCCACGGGCUUGGGUGGGGGAGGUAACAAUUGAUUGAUUUUCCCGAGACCCAGUGAUCAAUAAUUUCCGUCAUCUCUCAGAGCCAAGCCUGCCCAUCCAUGAGAGUAGACUUCUGUAUCAACGGCUCGGUGGUCUCCCCUGCCCUGUCCGUCCCCGCUCUCCUAGAUCCGGUCCUGCACAUCCACAAGAUUCGUUUGGCGUUCGGGAAGCGGUUCAUCUUAAUUGACACGCCCACCCUCCAAAUCGCUGACGUUCUUCAGUACAUCAGUAGUCAUUUCAGGUGGGACCUCAAAGAUAGGCUCAAUCCUUCAAUUGUUCAAUCAGUCAUUCCUAUAAUCAUUCAUCCUUCAAACCGUCUGUCAUUCAAUCGUGUAUUUCUUCAAACAUUCAUUCCUUCAAUCAUUCAUUCCUUCAAUCAUUCAUUCCUUUAAUCAUUCAGGUAUCCAAUCUUUAAUCCUUCCUUCUCUCAAUCUUUAAUUCCUUAAAUCAUUCAUUAGAACAAUCAAUCAUUCUCACUAUUGUUCCCACAGUUAGCAGUCCGCCUAGUUCUAGUUUAAAAAAAUAACAUUGAGUUUCUAUGAUUUUUUUUUUAAAGAUGGGAAUCGAACUCAAACGUUGCUGACGACGGAAGCCAAACUUGUACGUCACAGAGUACGAAGUGAACCUAUCACAAAAUGAUUAUUAGAACUGAAUUGAGAUGUGACCAAACCAAACCCAGACUUAAGUUUUGACCCAACCAAACCCAAACUGAAGUUGUGACCAACUCAAAACCGAACAUUUAGGAGUGGUCGAUUCCCCUCUCUAGUUUUUUCUUUUUUUUUUACCCUUUUUGAAUAUUAUUAAAAUGUAGCAUUAGUUAAAGUCAAAUGUGACUGAUGAGUGAAUGAGUUUGUGUUGGACAGAAGGUCGGAAGUAUUCGCUUGAAUGAGAUGGUAAGAACCAAGACGGCUCUAACUACUGAUUUAUAAUAUAACCAACGAACACAACAUGACUGACACAACAUGACUGACACAGCAUGCUUGGCACAGCAUAACUCACACGGCAUAACUGACACAGCAUGAUUGACACGGCAUGACUGACACAGCGUGAUUGACACGGCAUGACUGACACGGCAUGAAUGACACAACAUGACUGACACAGCAUGAUUGACACGGCGAUGAAAGGCACGGCGAUGAAAAGCAAAAACACCAAUACAGUUAAGAUUAAUUUAGCCAAUCUCAAAGCAAAGGAAGACAUGACUACUUCAGCCUUGAUAAUCUCAAAGCAAAUAAAGACAUGACUACUUCAACCUUGAUAAUCUCAAAGCAAAUAAAGACAUGACUUAACCAGCCAUGAUAAUAUCAAAUAAAGACCUGACUAGUCUAGCUAGGAUAAUCUCAAAUCAACUACAGACCUGACUAAUCUAGCCAAGAUAAUCUCAAAUCAAAUAAAGACAUGACAAGACCUGGAUACUCCAGCUAUGAUAAUCUCAACACAACUAAAGUUAUGACUGAUCCAUGCAUGACAAUCACAACUCCAGCGAAGCCUGGUGGAGAUCGCUAUUACAAUCCUCACUACAAAUGAAAACUGCUCAAGUGCCUCUGACUAAUGCAAAGAUCCAGGGCUUGUGUCGUGUAUUGAAUGCCUGAACACUAAGAUCAUGGCGUGGCACAUCAAAGUAAAGAUCCAGGGCUUGUGUCGUGUAUUGAAUGCCUGAACACUAAGAUCAUGGCGUCGCACAUCAAAGUAAAGAUCCAGGGCUUGUGUCGUGUAUUGAAUGCCCGAACACUAAGAUCAUGGCGUGGCACAUAAAAGUAAAGAUCCAGGGCUUGUGUCGUGUAUUGAAUGCCUGAACACUAAGAUUAUGGCGUGGCACAUCAAAGUAAAGAUCCAGGGCUUGUGUUGUGUAUUGAAUGCCUGAACACUAAGAUCAUGGCGUGGCACAUCAAAGUAAAGAUCCAGGGCUUGUGUCGUGUAUUGAAUGCCUGAACACUAAGAUCAUGGCGUGGCACAUCAAAGUAAAGAUCCAGGGCUUGUGUCGUGUAUUGAAUGCCUGAACACUAAGAUCAUGGCGUGGCACAUCAAAGUAAAGAUCCAGGGCUUGUGUCGUGUAUUGAAUGCCUGAACACUAAGAUCAUGGCGUGGCACAUCAAAGUAAAGAUCCAGAGCUUGUGUCGUGUAUUGAAUGCCUGAACACUAAGAUCAUGGCGUGGCACAUCAAAGUAAAGAUCCAGGGCUUGUGUUGUGUAUUGAAUACCCGAACACUAAGAUCAUGGCGUGGCACAUCAAAGUAAAAAUCCAGGGCUUGUGUUGUGUAUUGAAUACCCGAAAACUAAGAUCAUGGCGUGGCACAUCAAAGUAAAGAUCCAGGGCUUGUGUUGUGUAUUGAAUACCCGAACACUAAGAUCAUGGCGUGGCACAUAUUGAAUGCCUGAACAUUAAGAUCACAGGCGCGGCUAAUUAGAUAUCCAGCAACUCACAACAAAUCAAGCUCUCAUGUCACUCUGCGUUGUCAGGGGCGACUCCAAAUGUGGGCUGAUUGGCAGAAAAACUGAAAAGUUUCUCUCUUUUAUAUUCUUACCAUUGAUCUGUAUAGGAGGACUGCCGUUAUUUUAGGAACACUGUCAGUUUAAUAUUGCUGAGCUGCUGGGUCACUUUCAACACAAUUGGGCCAUUUACGGGAUCUUGAUCCCAGAUGGCAGGAAUGUAAUGUUCUCCUUCACUUGUUAAACCUUUUCUCCGUCCCCUUCCUUGUUACAACCAAUCGCCGUGGGCUUACUUGUUCUUUCUUCCGUCCCGUUGUGGCUGUAUUCAAACACCCACCUACUUUUGUUCUAUCACGCACUUCUUGAUGUCCUGUCGGAUACUAAGUUGCAGCUAAGUUUUAAGUUUAAUUUUUACAUUGUUUUUAUUGUUGUUCGUUCGCUGAAGAAGGCUUCAUGCCCACACAUUCACUGUUUUCUUCCUUUAUUUCGCUAUUUCCGUGAAGCCAACUGUUUGGCUAUAUAUUGUGAUUUUAACAACAUAAUAAUAGCUGUAGUAGUAAUAUUUCCUUUUUAUCGUGACUCUGACUCGUGCUGUAGUCAUGGAUAUUCUGGCCUAGAAUUAAUUGGGUCAAAGAGAAGGCAAUAGCUGAAGUGGUAAGACGGGACUGAAAUCACGUGUUACGUGGAAUGGUGGUGCUCACAUAAUAUGAAAGUGCAUGCAGAGUUGAUAAGAAGACCGAGUUCAAUGAAAUGCAAUUUCAUGUUCUUUGACAGGCACCGUCUGGUGAGAUUUCAAAUGGACGUUGACAAUCACAAUGACCACCUGGAUACUGCACUCAUUCGUCUGGUCAGGAAAUGUAAAAAUCUGGUCAGCCUUAAGGUAAAUUGAUAGUAGUUGAUUUUUUAAUGAUUGGCACUGGUGAACGUGUUCAUUGUUGUAGGUCGACAUUCGAAUGUCACGUAGCAUACUCCAAUGUCACGUAGCAUACUCCAAUGUCACGUAGAAUACUCCAAUGUCACGUACCAUACUCCAGUGUCACGUAGCAUAUCCCAAUUUCAUGUACCAUAAUCCAAUGUCACAUAGCAUACUCCAAUGUCACGUACCAUACUCCAAUGUCAUGUACCAUACUCCAAUGUCACGUACCAUACUCCAAUGCCACGUACCAUACUCCAAUGUCACGUAGCAUACGGUUGAAAACUUAUGUACGUAACGGUUUAUGUUGUAAGAUUUUUGGACAAGGAACGAGUGAGGGCUUUUGACUUUUAUUUGAAUUAUUCUCCUAGUCCUGGCCUGUUUAACCAGUGAAGAGACUCUACUUUACCAGUGAAGAGACUCUACUUUACCAGUGAAGAGACUCUACUUUACCAGUGCUCUCUACUUUGCCAAUGCUGAGACUCUACUUUGUCAGUGCUCUCUACUUUGCCAGUAGUGAGACUCUACUUUGCCAGUGCUCAGAGUCUACUUUGCCAGUGCUGAGACGCUACUUUGCCAGUGCUGAAAUUCUACUUUGCCAGUGCUGAGACUCUACUUUGCCAGUGCUGAGACUCUACUUUUCCAGUCCUGAGACUCUACUUUGCCAGUGCUCUCUACUUUGCCAGUAAUGAGACUCUACUUUGCCAGUGCCGAGACUAUAUUUUGCCAAUGCUGUGACUUUUUGUUGACUUAUUCUCCAGGUACAGGCCUAUUUUAAAAGUGCUGAAACUGACCGCAUAGUGCAGGAAAUGGUCAAGGAGAGGCGCAACAGACUGAGCAGGACUGUCACACAACUGACCCCUAGGACUGCAGCAAGACACACUGGCAUGGUGGCAAGCAGCUCUGCCACAGACAGAUACGAAGACUACACGAGUUUAGCCGGGAUGGUCGUCAGGUCCAGCCAAUGGGUCAGCCAAUGGUGGAGGGGCACCCCACAGAGCCAGGGAGCCUCAAAAAACAGGGACGCCGCACAUAGCAGUGAUGCCUCACAUUGCAGGGACGUCUCACAAAGCAGAGACGCCCCACAUAGCAGCGACGCCUCACAUGGUAGUGACGACUCACUAGGCAGGGACGCCUCACAUAGCAGUGACGCCUUACAUUGCAGGGACGCCUCACUAAGCAGGGACGUCUCACAUAGAUGUGACGCCUCACAUAGUAGUGACGACUCACUAAGCAGGGACGCCUCACAUAGCAGCGACGCCCCACAUAGCAGCGACGCCUCACAACGUCGGGACCAGGCCGGGACAUCUCACUAACGAUUCAGAAACAUUUGAACAUACCGAACAACUAGCGUAUCCGUUUUUGUAACGAUCAGAUUCUAUCGCGUCACUGCCAUCACCAAUUUUCGUCAGUGUCAUACAAAAUAUCCUCUUGUCAUUUUCAUGUCCGUGAGAUU